AUGUGGCAAGGUUAUGGAAUGAAACAAGAUGAAAGGGUUUUGACAGAAACUAGUGCAAAGUGUUGGACUGAUGUUCUUGGACUUGUUUGGAUUGGUCAUUUAGAGGUGCAGGGGCCUGCUUUCAACAACAAGUUCUUGGCUUAUUAUGGACAGCAACAUGACAUGGUUUAUUACAAGUUUGUUUGCAACUUUAAUGAACUGCUUUGGUGUGGCUUGUCAGGUUUUGCAGGUUUUACAAGUUAUGGUUGCAACAACUUUUUGGACAUUUUGGCGGAAAGUUUGGACUGGAAGGUAAUAUUGUGCUUGUUUGACAUCGAUUUGGACAAAGGAGGUCUUUGGACAAAUUUGGUAGCUACAAAAUAG